ACUAACGUAACAUUAAUUUCCUAUAAUAUAGAUAUUAUCUCUAAUUUGCGUGCCUCCUGUUUCCCUCGUAAAAAUGUUUUCCCGGAAAUCAAGGUGGGUAACACUAUUCGGCGACAACCUGGCAACACCGAUUUUCCCAGAAUAACGGACCGCUUAGCAUUGAAAUUUGCAAAAGCAAGCCGUCGAACGUCGACGAAUAGUUUGACCUGGUUCGUGAGAGAGUGCGUUCCAUAAACGGAAUCAGUUAUGUUAAUGAAGUGGACAAGAGUUUUAUAAAUAAAGUGAACGAAAAAGUGUGAAAAUGGAUAGAACUAUAAAGAAAGAGAAAAAGUUAAACCCGGCCCAAACUGCCAAUCCGGUUUCUAGUAUUAUGUUUUUGUAUAUGUUCCCAAUAUUUACUAAAUCCUAUAAAAAGCAGCUAUCAGAAAACGAUCUCUUUGCUCCUCUCGAAGAGCAUAAAUCAAAUUUAUUAGGAGAUAAACUAGAAAAUUAUUGGAAGGAAGAAUACCGAAGUAAAAGAAAAUAUCCAUUACAUCGCGCCUUGAUAAAGCAGUUUGGACCUUUAUACGUCUUUUUAGGGUUAAUUAAGUUUGCAGACGAACUUUUACUAGUUAUUGUAUUGCCUUACCUAAUAGAAAAACUAGUGUCUUUCUUCGAAAGCAAUCAACAUACAAUAUCAAAAAGCAAUGCGUAUUUCUAUGCAGGAAUGUAUGUGGUGGCCACAGUUGUGAGCACGUGUAUAUCGCAUCCAUGCAUGAUGGGCUUGCAGCAUCUUUCGAUGAAAAUUCGGGUAGCUUGCAGCUCUUUAAUAUACCGAAAAAGCUUAAGACUGAGUAAAACUGCCUUAGGAAAAACUACCGUGGGACACAUGGUGAAUUUGUUGUCCAACGAUGUUAGCAAAUUCGACCAAGGUUUUGUUAUUUCUCACUUUUUGUGGAUUGGGCCCAUUGAGGCGGCCAUUGGUACCUAUUUGUUGUACCAAGAGAUCGGGAUAGCGGCUCUGUUUGGUACAGGGUUUCUAAUUUCUUUUGUACCCAUACAAGCUUAUUUGGCAAAGAGAUGUUCAGUUCUGAGAUUAAGAACAGCCUUAAAGACAGACGAAAGAUGUCGAUUAAUGAAUGAAAUCAUAUCAGGAAUUCAAGUUAUUAAGAUGUAUUGUUGGGAAAAAUCAUUUGCCAAGUUAAUAGCUUUAGCACGAAGGAACGAAAUGAAGGCUAUAAGGGAACAUUCUUACAUUAUCGGUCUUAUGUACUCGUUCGAAAUUUUCGUAUCCAGAACGGGAGUUUUUAUAUGCGUUAUAGGUUAUAUUUUAAUGGGUGGUGAAAUGGAGGCCCAAAAAGUUUUUGCUGUUACCGCUAUAUACAACCUACUUAAACCUGUAGUGACAAUCCUAUUUUCCCUGAGCAUAUCCAGCUUUGCUGAAGUGCACGUAACAGUAAACAGAGUAAACGAAAUCCUAACUUUUGAAGAAGUUAAAGAUACAAUCAAAGAACACACAAUCAACGAAAAAAUGGAAAUAAAAAAUGGCAAAGGAGGCGAUACUCUUGGUGUGUACAACAGAGGUUACCCAGAUCUAAGGGUAGCUUUACACAACGUAAACGCAAAGUGGUUAGAUGACAGUCCAGAUGAUACUUUAAGCAAUAUUAGUGUAAGCGCAUCCGCGAAUCAAUUAUUAGCUGUUAUUGGACCGGUUGGUAGUGGGAAAAGUAGUUUAUUAAAUGUUGUGUUGAAAGAGUUACCUAUCAAAGAAGGUAAGAUGGAGAUACUGGGUAAAAUAUCCUUUUCCUCGCAAGAACCAUGGUUAUUUUCCGCGAGUGUACGGGAUAAUAUACUUUUUGGAAAUGAGUAUGAUGAGGAUAGAUAUGAGAGAGUUAUAGAUGUAUGUGCCUUAAGAGCUGAUUUAGCUAUGUUUCCUUUUGGCGAUAAAACGCUAGUUGGUGAAAAGGGUAAAGCUUUGAGCGGUGGCCAAAAGGCAAGAAUAAAUUUGGCCCGAUGCGUCUACAAGCGAGCCGAUAUCUACCUACUCGACGACCCUCUAUCGGCUGUUGAUGCCCACGUAGGAAAACACUUAUACGAUAAGUGUAUUAAACAAUUCUUAAGCAAUAAGAUCAGAAUCCUGGUUACCCAUCAAUUGCAAUACUUAAAAAGUGCUGAUAAAAUAAUAAUAUUGGACGACGGUCAAAUCCAGGGUGAAGGAAAGUACGCUGAACUUCAAAACAGUGGUAUGGACUUUGGAAAGCUUCUAGAGAAGUUCAGUAAUGAGGACCACGACGAGGAAAGAAAGAAGAUCAAAUCGAGGCAAAAUUCGGAAAGAUCUGAAUUGUCAGAUGAUGAAGACGAUCCGGUUAUAGCUAAAGAACACAUGGGUACAGGAGGAAUAAACGCACAAACUUACUGGCAAUAUCUAAAGGCUGGCGGAAGCAAAUUUUUAAUAAUCUUGCUGUUUUUAUCGUUUAUAUUAUGUCAAGUAAUCGCUAACGGAGGAGAAUAUUACUUAACAUACUGGGUAAAUUAUGACCAAGACUUCAAGAACAAAGAAAACCAAAACCUUACCAAACCAAACGAAACAUUUCCAGAGAAGGAAAUUAUAUAUUAUUAUUCCGGCAUCACACUUGCAACUAUAAUUAUAGCUAUAUUAAAAUCAAUUUAUUAUAUGCUUUUCUUUGCUCAAGCCUCAGUAAAUCUACACGACUUUAUUUUCAAUAAAAUAAUAAAGGCAACCAUGAGGUUUUACAAUGAAAACCCUUCAGGGAGAAUUCUAAAUCGGUUUUCUAAAGAUUUGGGUAUCAUAGAUGAAUAUUUGCCUUCGGUGCUUAUAGAUGUUUUGGAGAUUUCUUUACAACUGAUCGGAGUAGUUGUUUUAUCUGCAAUGGUGGAACCUCUUUUAUUAUUACCAUCUGCAAUCUUCUUCCUCAUAAUUUACUUCGUACGUACAAUCUAUAUUAAAACAAGUAGAUGUGUUAAACGUUUGGAAGCAAUAAAAAAAAGUCCUAUGCUUACCCAUGUGACAGCUUCAAUAAACGGUUUGACGACCAUUAGAGCUUUUAACAUGGAAAAAAUGUUAAUAAAUGAGUUUGACGAGUUUCAAGAUGAGCACAGUUCAGCCUGGUUCCUAUUUUUGGCUUCUGGAAGGUGUUUUGGUUUUUGGUUGGACAUUCUUUGUGUAGCAUUUGCUGCUGUGGGUCUUUUUAGCCUUAUUGGUUUUAAUGAUCGAAUAUAUGCUGGCGAUAUAGGUUUGAUAAUAACCCAAUUUAUGGGACUCAUGGCUUCAUUGCAAUGGGGCAUGCGACAAUGGAGUGAGUUGGAGAAUCAAAUGACUUCAGUGGAGAGAGUUUUGGAGUACACAAAACUUGAAAGUGAACCUGAAAGAAAUAAAAGCAAUAAUUUACCGAUUGAUUGGCCUGAAAAAGGUGCUAUUGAGUUUAAGGAUAUUAAACUCAAAUAUAACGAAAAUGAAAACUACGUUUUGAAGGGUUUAAGUUUUUCUGUUAAACCAAUGGAGAAGGUUGGUAUAGUUGGAAGAACAGGGGCUGGAAAGUCUUCUACAAUAUCGGCAUUGUUUCAAUUGUAUCCACUUCAAGGAAGUAUUUUCAUAGAUCAUGUAGAUGCUACGAAUCUACCAUUGGAUGAAGUGCGGUCCAAAAUAUCCAUUAUACCACAAGAACCAGUUCUAUUUUCGGGUUCUAUGAGGAAAAAUCUUGACCCAUUCGAAGAGUAUAGUGAUGAAACUCUAUGGAACGCCUUAGAGCAAGUGGAGAUGAAAGAAACCAUAGCUGAGUUACCUUCAGGUUUAAGUUCAACUGUUAUGGAGGGUGGGUCAAAUUUCAGCAUUGGAGAAAGACAACUGGUUUGUCUAGCUCGCGCCCUAAUAAGAAACAACAAAAUUUUAGUUUUGGACGAGGCUACAGCCAAUGUAGAUCCCCAUACAGACGCGUUAAUCCAAAACACCAUAAGAAACAAGUUUGCAAAUUGCUCAGUGCUUACCAUAGCGCACAGACUUAAUACUGUUAUGGAUUCACAUAAAAUUUUAGUUAUGGAUGCAGGAAGAGUAGUGGAGUUCGACCAUCCACAUGUUUUACUUAAAAAUGAACAUGGAGUUUUAACAAAUAUGGUUGAUGCAACUGGUUCCAGUACAUCAAAGCUACUAAAAGAGAUAGCAGAAAAUAAUUAUAUUAAUAAAGAAAAAAGCGAAUAACUUUUAUACGGGAUUUUCCACUUAUUAGACUGUGAUUUAUGUACAUACUAUUUUGUAACUUAUUUUUAUACAAAUCAGUAUUUUUAAAAUAUUUCCUGAUAAGUUUUAACUUAUGUUUGAUUAACUACUUAUUUAUGUGUACUUAGAUCAACCUAUUUUACUCAUAUUACGUGCCUACUAUAUUCAAUGUGGAUUUUAUUUCAGAUUGGUAAUUAUGUAUGAAUUAAAUAAACGUUAAGAAGGUCAAUAAUA